AUCCUAUUUUGCUCCUGGUUUAAAAUCCAUCCCCUACAAAAGCUGCAGGAAGCAUCAUUUGAAGGGGAUCUGCUCACCCUGCCUGGCUUAAGAGCAGGAAAACCUGGUGCUUGGAAGUGAAAUAUCCAGGAAGUGUCUCACAGGGUGGCCAGUGUGUCACCGACAAACAGAAAACAGAGAGAAUAGGAUAAAACAGGGGGGAACUUUUCAUCCCUUUAGGCAGGCAGAGUUAGGAAGAUUAAAUACAUCCCACAAAGUCUGCUAUUUUUUAGGGGCCAGAGAAAGGGAAAGGAAGUUGCUCUUUCAUUUAUUAGCUAGAUUUCUUCUUGACUUCUGAGCUGAUAGAGAAAAAUGAUUUUCAUGAGUGUGACUUGGUACAUUUGGAAUGUCAAAGCCACGGGGUUCCCCCUGUGGAUGAAGAAGCUCCCAUUUGCCUGGCAGCCAGCAACCCUGUUUUGACACGCUGCAUACAUACAGAGAGCUGCUGUAUGCAGAUGAGACUUGAUUAAAAACAACCCCAUUUCCUUGAAAUCUUUUGUGACCUUAGUUAAACAACAGGCCUAAUAUAGAUUUCAAUAUGAUUUUUUAAUCUUUGCCCUUUAUGGAUUAGUGUUAUCUUCAUGCUAGACAGGCAUUUCAGUGCAGAUUUUCUUCUAUGCCAGUGAUAGGGGAAAGCCCUAUCACGUCUGACUGCAGUACUAAACUCAAAGUACUGCAAAUUACUUAUAUACCCAAGUAUCAAAGGCAAAUCUAAUAAAACUUGAUAUAUUUCCCUUGGGAGCAUGCUUUAUUGCCUCAGUCAAAACAGGUGAAUGAGUAACAACUCCAUAAGGAGUUUUAGUAUCAGAAAAAGUAAAGUUCAUUGGACAAUCUUCAAAUAAUUAACAACUCUUUCCCCUACAAACACAGUGAGAAGUGUUUCCCAACAAAACAUAAGCUGUUUUUCUCCAUCUCAAAGCAUCCCCUGAAACAGUUGGAUCAAUUCUGUGCACUGGGAGACCUUUGUCUUAUUUGAAUCAACAUGGAAAGGAAUCUUAAGAAUGUUUUGGUCAUUUCUUUUGGAUUUUUACUUCUCUUCACUGCUUAUGGAGGACUUCAGAGUCUACAGAGCAGUCUCAACUCUGAGGAAGGUCUGGGCGUUGCUUCCCUAAGCGUUCUCUAUGCUGCUCUUAUUGUCUCAUCCAUGUUUCUCCCUCCAAUUCUCAUCAAGAAGCUGGGCUGCAAGUGGACCAUUGCAGGCUCCAUGUGCUGCUACAUCGCCUUCUCCCUGGGGAACUUCUAUGCUAGCUGGUACACACUAAUCCCUACCUCUGUGAUCCUGGGCUUAGGAGGAGCACCACUCUGGUCUGCCAAAUGCACUUACCUCACCAUUGCUGGCAAUUCAUAUGCUGAGAAAGCAGGAAAAAUUGGGAAAGACAUUAUCAACCAAUACUUUGGGGUCUUCUUUCUGAUAUUUCAGUCCUCUGGAAUCUGGGGAAAUCUUAUUUCAUCCCUGAUACUUAGCCAAUCUUCCAACAAAGUGGAAAUCUCAGAAGAAGACCUGGCAUGCUGUGGGGCAUAUGAUUGCGAGAGCAAUACCACUAACACCACUGCCUUGGCAGAACCCUCUAAGCCCUUGGUCUACACCCUGCUAGGGGUCUACACUGCUAGUGGUGUGCUAGCUGUGUUGCUGAUUAUUAUAUUUCUGGACCAGAUCAAAUCUGACCAAGCAGAGACUGAGAAAGAAAUGCAAAAGACACCAUCCUUUUGGUCUACGUUCCUAGCAACUUUCCAGCAGCUUAAAGAUAAAAGACAGUGUCUUCUAAUCCCUCUGACAAUGUACAGUGGGUUUGAACAGGGAUUUCUUGCUGGUGACUACACAAAGACUUACGUGACCUGUGCCCUGGGGAUUCAUUAUGUUGGUUACGUGAUGAUCUGCUUUUCAGCUGUGAAUUCCCUUUGUUCUCUGCUCUUUGGAAAGAUCUCUCAGUUCACGGGUAGAAAAUUUCUAUUUGCAUUAGCCACAGCUACGAACACUGCCUGUAUAAUAGCACUACUGCUGUGGAAACCUCAUUCUAACCAGCUUGUCGUGUUUUUCAUAUUCCCUGCUCUUUGGGGCUUAUCAGAUGCCAUUUGGCAGACACAAACUAAUGGACUUUAUGGUGUUUUAUUUGAGAAACACACAGAGGCUGCCUUUGCAAAUUACCGUCUCUGGGAAUCAUGUGGAUUCGUCAUUGCCUUUGGUUACAGCACCACGCUGCGAGUCUACAUCAAGCUGUACAUUUUACUGGCUGUGCUUAUGUUGUCUAUGGUGACAUAUGGAGUGGUUGAGUACCUGGAAGCUAAGAGAUCCCCUGGGACACCUGCUGCUACAGAAAAAGAAAAUAAGGGCCCUCAUACCCAGGAAACACGUAUCUAAGCCAUCAGGGUCAGAGUAAUCAAGGUCACCUGCUAUAGGCAGGUUUCCAUGGGCUUUCCAAAGUUCAACAGCUUCAAACAGAUUUUGGGGCCAACAAAAAAAAAAAA